AUGGUGUCAACAAGAGCAGCAGUCGAUCAAAAUACAGUAGCAGCGGAGAUGCAACGAGAGAUGAACCGCCAGUUGGAGGAAUUGAGACGCAAGAAUGAAGAAGAGAUAAAUGCCCUGAGAGAGGAGAACCAGCGGUUGCGAAGGCAACUUGAGCAAAAUUCCCAACAAAGGGAAGAAUCUCACAGUAAUGGAGAAGGAGAGGGCGGCACAGGACGAAAUGGAUUCAGGGUACAGACAACCACCAACCAAACAGGCGCGAGACCCAGAACAGCCAGACGCCACCCCUUCGUGGACGGGAUCAUGGAGGUAGAACUUCCUGCACGCUGGAAGGGAUUGACUAUGAGCCAGUACGAUGGCACUACUGAUCCAGAGGAGCACGUGGACGUAUUCACCACCCAAGCAGGGUUGUACACUUCAGAGGACGCAAUUCUUUGUCGUGUGUUUCCAACGUCCCUGAAGGGUCCGACACUCAACUGGUUCACACGAUUACCACCUAACUCUAUUGAUUGUUUCGAUACGUUGGUCACCCGUUUCGGCAUUCAGUUCGCCACCAGUAAGCCACACCAUCUCACUUCUUUGGCGUUAGUAAAUAUACGACAGGAGAAGGGAGAAUCUCUGCGAGAGUUUAUGGAGCGUUUCGGAAAGAUAUCGUUGAAUAUCUCUAAUCUAAAUCUUGAGGUCGCCAUGCACCACCUUAUAACAGCGUUAAAGCCUGGCCCAUUCGUUGACAGUCUGUGCAAGAAGCCCGUGAGCAAUCUGGACGAGCUCCGAACUAGGGCAACCAAAUUUAUGCAGAUGGAAGAAUUAAAGGAGUUUCGCAGUACGACCCAAUCAGACACUCGGAAAAAGAAAUACAUUGACAGAGAAAGGGUGUUAGCGCCGCGACCUGACAGUAGGUUCAAGGACUCUAGACAACCAAAGUACAACAGGUACACACCCCCCGUGUCUAACAGAGAGAGAAUUUUGGAGGAGGCCUUGAAUGCCGACCUAAUAACAACCCCUCAAAGGGUCCCGACUCCCCCAAACGCGGAUACCACUAAGCAUUGUCAGUAUCAUCAGAAUUAUGGACACACAACGGAGGAUUGUUUUGUCCUGAAAAAUAAAAUCGAAGAGCUUAUACAAGCAGGACACCUAAGAAGAUUUGUCAAACGGGAGGAAGGGGGAUUCUCUUCCAGAGAAGAGCGAAAAGGUAGAUAUGAGGAGCGACCACGAAGAACAUCAAGGUACCAGGAGAUGCGAGAAGAAGGCACCAGAAGGAGGGUUGAGCCCGAGGAAGAUGAUGAACAAGAUGUGAGGGAGAAGCCAUUGAGAGGGGUGAUCAACUAUAUUUCAGGAGGCUUUGCAGGAGGUGGAGCCACUACGUCCGCAAGAAAGAAAUACGUACGAGCAAUUCAAAGUGUCAAUGCCAUAACAGUAUGUCCCAAGCGGCACAUGCCACCCAUCACGUUCCGAGAUGAUGAUUUCCAAGCGAUUGACCCUCAGCAUGACGACCCAAUGGUGAUAUCAGUAGAGAUCAAGGACUUCGCAGUAAGGAAAACCCUGGUGGACCCAGGUAGUUCGGUGGACAUCCUAUACUGGGGCACUUUCAGAAAGCUGAGAAUUCCAGAAGGGAAAAUCCAACAGUACUCAGAACCGAUCGUGGGCUUCUCAGGGGAGCGAGUGAAUACAAAGGGCUACAUUGAUUUGUUCACCAAAUUCGGAGUAGGGAGAACGACGCGAAUGGUAAAAAUUCGAUACCUUAUUGUUGACGCUGACACCUCUUAUAAUAUUUUGGUAGGGAGACCUUCGUUGAACAUACUUGGUGCGGUGAUAUCUACAUAUCACUUAGCUAUAAAAUUUCCGUCAACUUCGGGAGACAUAGUCACUGUACCUGUGGACCAGCCAACUGCGCGCAAAUGCUACGCAGACAGCUUGAGAGAAAGACCAUUACACCAAGUUGAGAGCCCAACACCGCUACAAUACCAAAAUCAAACCCAAGUCUUUUCACCAGGGAAAUCUAGUGUGGCGAAUGGCAAGUGCUGCCCGGAAACACGAGGGGAAGUUCUCUCCCAACGGGGAAUAGGGCCACUCCGUGUUAAGGAAGUUGUGGGUAAAUACGCAUACAGAUGGGAACACCUAUCAGGUGUCUCUAUUCCAACAACCUGGAACGCCUUACAUCUGAAGUAUUACAGUUAG